UUGCCUAUUGCGCGCGUUAGCCACGGGAAUUAUUAUUACCCGAGUUUGUCAAGUUACAACGAUAUAUUAAAAAAAAAAAACAGUAGUCCAUAAUAAUCUGAGAUUUAGAUUAACCGGAUGCGUAACAGUCCAUCAACGUCAAACUAGGAGAGAGAGUGAGAGACAGAGAGGUCAAACAAUUAAACAAAAACAAUAAUUAUAAUAAUGUUUAAAAAAUAAAAAGGAAAAUCAGUAGUAGAAAAUUAAAAAAGGAAGUUAGGUAAAACUUAAAAGUCAUUGAAUGAAACCCCACUUUCACCUCCUCUGCUCUUUGUUGACCUCAAACCUUCCUAUUAUUUUUCCCUUUCUUCUUCUUCUUCUUCUUCUUCCUCUCACUCUCUCUUCCAACUUCCCCAGAUUUUCAAUUUCAAUUUUUAUAAACCUAAUUUAUAUACACACAACAAAUCCUAGCUACUUUAAUUUUAUUUUUAAUUUAUUUUCCAUGAAGUUCUUUACUUAAAAAGUCAAAAUGGGGAGUUCACUUUUUUCUUCCCAGUUUCUCUAUUAAAUUUCCCCUGUUAGGGUUUCUGUGUUCUUCUUUUUUCUAUCAUUUUGGGAUCUGGGUUUUUGAAUUUAGACUCUUUUGAGUAGUGGGUUUAGUUUAAUUUAGCUUAAUUUUAUUUAUUUAUUUUUCUUUUGUGUUUUUUUCUCCAAAAGUCAAAUGCAAACACCCUUUUUUUUAGGGCCAAGAUUGGUGUUUGAAUUUGCCCCCUUCAAAUUGUUAGUGUUAAUUAUUUGAAUUCUUCAUUACUACCAAUUUCUGGGUUUGAUCUUAUUUGGAGAUCAACUGGGGAUUCCUUCUGGUGUGGUCCAAUUUAGACUUUCCUUUUGUUUUAUUUUUUUUAUUUUUGAAUAAUCUGGGCCUUUAAUUCACCUUUGAAUCUCUAAGAUUCUCUGUGUUUUUUGAAUGCUUUGCUAAAGCUAACUCUUUGAUUUUGGAGAAAGCAAUUUUGGUGGUUGGUUCCCUCUUUGUAAGUUUGAAUUUGAACUAAGCUUUCCCCUUUUUUUUCUGGGUUUGUGUUCUUUGUUACAAGUGGAGGAAGUUGAAAGUUGAAACCCAGUUUGGGUUAAAUUAAAAUUAAAUUUUGGGGGUUAGGUUUUUGUUCAUAGUUCUGAUGCAUCUCUCACUAUGGAAGCCUAUUUCCCAUUGUGUUCAUUUGAUAAUUGAUAAGAAGGGUAGAAGAAAAGAUGGGUCUGAAUUUGGGGAAGAUAGUAAGAAAAACCCUUCAAUAUUGAGGAAAUUGCAGGAGAGCAAGCUCAGAGAAGCUCUUGAAGAAGCAUCUGAAGAUGGGUCUUUACUGAAAUCCACCUUAGACACUGAUGCUGAGGCUAAUUCCAACAAAGAUGAGGGCCUCGGCCGGUCGAGAUCCCUUGCAAGGCUUCAAGCUCUCAAGGAAUUCCUCAGAGCUACUGCGCUGGCUGCGGAGCGUACAUUCGAAUCCGAAGACUCGAUUCCUGCUCUUAAUGAGGCGUUUUCCAAGUUCCUUACAAUGUAUCCCAAGUAUCAGUCUUCUGAGAGGAUUGAUCAGCUGAGAUUAGAUGAGUAUGGGCACCUCACUGGGCCAGCUGCUAAGGUAUGUCUUGAUUACUGUGGAUUUGGGCUGUUUUCUCAUCUACAGACUCUUUAUUAUUGGGACACUUCAAGUUUUAGUUUGUCUGAGAUGACUGCUAAUUUGAGUAAUCAUGUCUUGUAUGGUGGUGCUGAGAGAGGGACUGUUGAACAUGAUAUUAAAACUAGAAUUAUUGAUUAUUUGAACAUUCCUGAGAAUGAAUAUGGGAUUGUCUUUACUGUAAGUAGAGGUUCAGCUUUUAAAUUGUUGGCUGAAGCAUACCCUUUUCAUACAAACAAGAAAUUGUUGACCAUGUUUGAUCAUGAGAGCCAAUCUGUGAAUUGGAUGGCCCAAGCCGCGAAGGAGAAAGGGGCGAAAAGUUAUAGUGCUUGGUUUAAGUGGCCUACUCUUAAACCUUGCUCUGCUGAUCUUAGGAAGCAGAUUUUGAAUAAGAAGAAGAGGAAGAAGGAUUCUGCAGUUGGCCUUUUUGCCUUUCCUGUUCAGUCCAGGGUGACGGGAUCCAAGUACUCGUACCAAUGGAUGGCUCUGGCGCAACAAAACAAUUGGCAUGUUUUGCUUGAUGCUGGUGCUUUGGGGCCUAAGGAUAUGGAUUCGCUUGGCUUGUCGUUAUUUCGUCCUGACUUCAUAAUCACAUCAUUUUACAGGGUGUUUGGGUUUGAUCCCAGUGGGUUUGGAUGUCUCCUCAUCAAAAAAUCUGUGCUAGGAUGCCUACAAAACCAAUCUGGAGUGACUGGAACUGGGAUGGUGAAGAUUACUCCAGUCUUUCCACAGUACCUGGGCGAUUCGAUGGAUGGUCUUGAUGGGCUUAUUGGGGUUGAGGAUGAUGAAGUUGAUGAGAAUGGUGAUUUCAAAGGUGACACCCAGAAGGGUUCCCAGAUGCCUGCCUUUUCUGGUGCUUUUACUCAUGCUCAGGUAAAGGAUGUAUUUGACACUGAGAUGGAGCAUGAAAACAGCUCUGACAGAGACGGUGCUAGCACGAUCUUUGAAGAGACUGAGAGUAUUUCUGUAGGGGAGGUGAUGAAGAGCCCUAUCUUUAGCGAGGAUGAAUCAUCUGACAACUCAUUCUGGAUUGACUUAGGUCAAAGCCCCAUGAAUUCCGAACAUGUGGGCCACCUGGAAAGACAGAGAUCCACUCCUUCACCGCCUUUAUGGUUUACUGGGAGGAAGGAUGCAAAGAGGGUCUCCCCAAAGCCAGCAGUGAACAAGUCUAGGAGCCCAACAUAUGACGGGCGGCAUAUGCUAUCAUUUGAUGCUGCAGUUCAAUCAGUUUCCCGAGGUGUCGAUAAUGUCCAUGAGAUCAAUGAGGAGAUACACACUGUUCAUGAGAUAGAGGAGGAGUAUGAACAUGAGAUGGCGAACAACAAAGCAUCCCUGCAUUCUUCGUUAAAUGGAGACCAUUACAAUGGUCAUACUUCAACAUCUCGUGGUAUUACAUCUGAACUGUGUGCAGAGUCGAAAGAAAGUGCUAUUAGAAGAGAAACAGAAGGUGAAUUUAGGCUUUUGGGAAGGAGGGAUGGCAAUAAAUUUGCUGGUGGCAGGGUUGUAUGCUUUGAAGAAGAUGAUAUUGCUAGCAAAGGUAGGAGGGUAUCUUUCAGUACAGAGGACAAUCACAGAGGGCACUCUAGUCAUACCUUGGAGGCAGGUGAGACAUCUGCUAGAGACCUUGAAGACUAUGACUAUGCAAGUGAUGGGGACUACGGUGAUGACCCAGAAUCUGAUAGGAGAGAACCAGAGAUAAUUUGCCGGCAUCUUGAUCACAUAAACAUGUUGGGCCUCAACAGAACAACAUCAAGAUUACGAUUCUUGAUAAAUUGGCUUGUGACCUCACUUUUGCAAUUGAGAUUCCCUGGUCCAGAUGAAAAAAAUGAUGUGCCGUUAGUCCAAAUAUACGGCCCUAAAAUUAAAUAUGAAAGAGGUGCUGCUGUUGCUUUCAAUGUGAGAAACUGCAACCGGGGGCUAAUUAAUCCAGAGGUUGUUCAAAAGCUUGCUGAAGCACAUGGCAUUGGGCUUGGUGUUGGCAUCCUUAGCCAUAUGAGGAUUAUGGAUGGUCCUGGGAAUUCAAAUGGGGAAUUGAACAUUACAGAUACAACAUUGUGCAAGCCAAUGGCAAAUGGUCGUUUUGAUGGAAAAAGUGGCUUCUUCAGGGUGGAGGUUGUGACAGCAUCACUUAGCUUUCUGUCUAACUUUGACGAUGUGUACAAGCUGUGGGCUUUUGUUGCGAAGUUUCUUAAUCCUGCCUUUACAAGAGAGAUUGGGCUUCCAACUGUUGAAGAAGAGUCCGAAACAUGACAUUGUGCCCCUCAAGCUACCUCUUUGUUCCAUUCAAGCGCCAACAGAUCGUAGUGAAGAUUUGGGGUGUAAUUUCAUCCUGACAUAUUGAAGAUUGUGAAGAAUACAUGAGGGCAGGAUCAAUUUUCAUAUCUUCGGAUUCCCCAACACCUUCGGUUACUUUCACUGGCCGUGGUAUAUUUGUUUAUUCAUGGUUGCCCUCGGGCAUUUUUUGUUUACAAAUCUUCUGGGUGCUUGUUACUUUUGCUUGUCUUACUGCCCACCAGUGUUUUGGUAUGUUCUCAAAUGAUUGGUUGCACAAAAUGUUAACCAUUUGGGUGUUAUUCUUUUAUUCCUGAAGUAUGGUUCUCGAGUUUGUGUAUAAUGUUUAUGUCAUUUUCAUGCUAACCUUGAUAGUUCAGUCAUUUGACAUCUUAAGGGAAAACAGUACAUUGAAUUUGGGAGCUGGGUUCAGUGAAAUUUGAGCAUUGUCUUUUCAGAAUCACAUUUGCCUUAUUCA